UGGAUCGUCAGUACACGGUUAGUGUGAAAAAAUGGCGGAUGUCGACUUGAAUAUCGACAAUUUAAUUCAAAGAUUACUCGAAGUAUUUCAAACUCCAAAUGAACAAGUUGUUCAACCGAAGAAAGGCAGACUUACUGAUAUAUUCAUGUCGGAUUUUUCGGUUCGAGGAUGUCGUCCAGGAAAGUCAGUUAUUAUGACGGAGGCUGAAGUACGCGGUCUAUGCCUAAAAAGUCGUGAGAUAUUUUUACAACAGCCAAUACUAUUGGAAUUAGAAGCGCCACUAAAAAUAUGUGGUGAUAUACAUGGACAGUACACAGAUUUAUUGCGUUUAUUUGAAUAUGGGGGUUUUCCGCCCGAAUCAAAUUAUUUGUUUUUGGGUGAUUAUGUUGACAGAGGUAAACAAUCACUUGAAACAAUAUGUUUGUUACUAGCAUAUAAAAUAAAAUAUCCAGAAAAUUUUUUUUUAUUACGUGGUAAUCAUGAGUGUGCUAGUAUAAAUAGGAUAUAUGGCUUCUAUGAUGAAUGCAAACGUAGGUAUAAUAUUAAACUGUGGAAAACAUUUACGGAUUGUUUCAAUUGUCUACCGAUUGCUGCUAUCAUCGAUGAAAAAAUUUUCUGUUGUCACGGCGGACUCAGCCCUGAUUUGCAGGGAAUGGAACAAAUUAGAAGAAUCAUGCGACCAACAGAUGUACCAGACACUGGUUUGCUCUGUGAUUUACUGUGGUCAGAUCCCGACAAAGAUGUUCAGGGUUGGGGUGAAAAUGAUCGCGGUGUUUCUUUCACCUUUGGUCCUGAUGUAGUGUCUAAGUUCUUGAAUCGGCAUGAUAUGGAUCUAAUAUGCCGUGCGCAUCAAGUUGUAGAGGAUGGUUACGAAUUUUUCGCAAAACGUCAGCUUGUCACGCUAUUCUCCGCCCCUAAUUACUGCGGUGAAUUUGAUAAUGCCGGUGGCAUGAUGAGUGUUGAUGAAAAUCUCAUGUGUAGUUUUCAGAUUUUAAAACCGUCCGAGAAAAAAGCUAAAUAUCAAUACGGUGGGAUGCCUGGAAUCCAAACAGGAAGACCAUCAACACCACAAAAAAAUCCAACAAAGAAAAGCAAAAAAUGAUCUUCACCAGCUGAUCCUGCAUAGCAUUCACUCAUGUCAUUUUAGUUGCGGGGGCGUUCAAUUAUUCUAUUGAGCCGAUAAUUUAAAAGUCGAAUGUAUACAAGUACCUUCUUCUUCCUAUUAAUUCGAUUACAUUAUAUAUAUAUAUUUAAACUAAAAUAUCAUAUAUACAAUUAUUAUUGUUAUCAAAUAUUAUUAUUAUUGAUAAAAAAAACAUAGAGUUUAUAUAUUAUUUAACUAUCAAACUUAUAUUUGAUUAUUUUUUAAUACAAAGGAAAAAAAAUUAAAAAAUAUUUAUUAUACUAAUACUUCCAUCUGCUAAUGAUUUUUUUGCAUUUUGUAUUAACACUUAAUUUAUUUUUUAUUUAUUCACUAAUUAUAUAAACGCUUAAAUAAAUACUUUGAUUUAUCACUCGUACAUAUGACAUAUAUCUUAUAUAUUUAAUUAAAAAACAAAUAUAUAGAUUAAUAUAUAUAUUUAAAGCAAAACCAAUUAGUUUGAGAUUUUAUUUUAAUGUUUAAUUAGUAAUUGACAUUUGACCUUUUUAAUUUUCAUAUUUAUUUAAAUUGUUGAUAAAAAUAUGAAAAUUGAUAUUUAAUCUGCUGGUAAUUUUUUUUAAGGACAUUCUCAGAUCUCCCCCCGACUUUUUAAAAAUAUUUAAUGACUCAACUGUCAUUAUCGUAUUGAAAUUUCGAUGAUUAAUUAAAAAUUAAUGGAAAAAAAGACAACAAAGUUGCGAUUUCUUCGAUAUGUAGAUUUAAAAAUGAGGGUGAAUGUAGCAGACAUCAGGCAAUUUUAAAAUUAUUAAUAAGUAGAUUAAUUAAUUAAUUAAAUUAAAAUUUCCCAAAAAUGCGCAUUUAAAAAAUUUUGAAAUUAAUAAGUGCAUUUUUUAUUAAUUAUUUACUCUAUUUAUUUAUUAUUUUAAAUUCGUCUGAUGUUUGCUACCCCUGAUUGAAAACUCCGAUUGAUUCCGAUUGGCUCCGAUUAACUCCGAUUAAAAUCUGAUAGACUUUCAAUCAGAAUUUAUUGGUUUUAAUCGGAGUUUUUAAUUAGGGACAUUCACACUGACAUUAAAAAAAAAAUUAUUUUCGAUUUCUAUCAAUUAGAAGUUAAACGAAAUUCGGUAAUUAAAUUUCAGCAUAAAAACGGCUGCCCAAUUUCAAAACACCGUAACUGACCAAAAUAAAAUUUUUGAAAUACGCAUCGAAUCAUGUUUCAUAAGACUCCACUGGAACUUAAAAUACUAAAAAAUCAAUUUUGAAAAAUUUGUCACUUACUGUGUUUUAAAAUUAGGCAGCCGAGAAAUUUGACUUUUCGAAUUAUGCAAAAUUUAACUGAAAUUUAUUUACCAAAUUUCGUUUAACUCCUAAUUGAUAUCAACUGUAAGUAUUUUUUUUUUCAAAUCUAUAUCUCAGCAUCAAUUACAAAUACUUUAACCUUUUUUUAAUUAAUGCUUAAAAUUUUUCUUGAUUAAUUGAUAAAUUUCUAAUAGAGUAAUGACAGUUCAGUCAUUGAAUACUUUUAAAAAGUGGGGGCGGGUAUUGUUUAAGAAUGUCUUUAACUUUAUAUUAAGAAGUAUUACUCAGUGGCAUCGCAUUGUCAAUAUAACCCAGAUAGAGAAAUAUUAUUAUUAAUUUUUUUUUUUCAUAGCUUAGAAAAAUUUUAAUAAAAAAUUUUAUAGCAAAGUCUUGAUAUUUAAAAUUUCAAAUAUUUAAUAAUAAUUUGACAAAGUGAAACACUAAAUAUAUAUGAUUAUUAAUAUAUAUUUUAUAUGAAAAAAAAAAAAUUAGAUAAAAAAAAAUUUUUAUAUUCAAAAUUUAAAUAAAAGCGCGUUGACUUAUUCGAGGUAAUUAAUAUUUUUUUCUAUCUGGGAGGUACAAUUUAAAAAAAAUUUUUAAACUUUGAAUUCUACUUAAAUAUUAACAGUAAAAAUAAAUGGAGGAAAAUAUAAAAAAUGAUUAAGUACGCCGACAUUUAAAUGAAUUUGUGUAUUGAUGAAUGAUAAUAAGUAAAUAUGAAUGAAAGAUUGAUUGAUUUAAGAUAAAAAAAUAAAUAUAUAACAGUAUUUUUAAGGCGAUGCCUCUGUAUAGAUAAUUACAUUAAGCACUACUGUCUAU